GUUACUGAAGAAAGCUUGACUCCGCAUAGGAGUGCGGGGAGUUUACUGUCCAUUAUCAACAUUUUUCAAAGUUUAAAAAAAUUAUUAGGAAUAUGUCUACUAUUUCAUUUACAAUUUGAUAUUUAUAGUAACACUAAGUACGAUAUAGUCUAGAAUGAUUUUUAAAGUUGUUAAUCGGCGAAACGUCGAUGCGUGUCUUUUAUACUUGCUACUGUACAUCUUGGUAAAGGAUUCAGAGAGCGGGGCUUGCCCUGGGUGUGCAUUGAAAAAAACAUGUGACUGCAGUGCAGUGAAGGGUGAAAAGGGUGAAAGGGGCUUACCUGGUUUGCAAGGUCAACCUGGUUUACCAGGUUUCCCGGGUCCAGAAGGUCCAAUAGGAUUACAUGGUGAAAAGGGUGAUGAAGGACCACUAGGAAUACCAGGACCAAAAGGAAUACGAGGGCCACCUGGACUUCCAGGGUUUCCAGGAGUACCAGGACUUAAUGGUCUUCCAGGACAGGAUGGCCCUCCAGGACCAAUGGGUAUACCAGGAUGCAAUGGAACUAAAGGUGAGAGAGGAUUUCCAGGAAAGCCAGGUGCUUCAGGAUUGCCAGGUGCUCCAGGUACUCCUGGUUUACCUGGUAUCAAAGGUGAUUCUGGUGAUGUGAUACCAUCUACUUCAUUUGGAAGUAAAGGUCAACCAGGCCUUCCAGGCCUACCUGGUAUUCCAGGCAAAGAAGGUCCACCAGGAUUCCCAGGACCUGUAGGACCCCCAGGUCCAGAAGGUUUUCAGGGUACUCCUGGACCUCCUGGUCCCCCAGGUCCUAAGGGCAAUAUGGGUCUAAAUUUCCAAGGGCCAAAAGGUGAAAAGGGUGAAAAGGGCCUUCAAGGUCCUCCCGGUCCUCCUGGUAUUAUUGGAGAACAAAAAAGGCCUGGUGAUGGAGAUCUUCAGAAAGGAGAAAAGGGUGAAUUGGGUCAAAAUGGAGAACCUGGAGAACCUGGACCUCCUGGUAUACCAGGUCCCCCUGGAGGUCCAAAGGGUGACAAGGGAGAACCAGGAGAACCAGGAAAGAGAGGAAAACCUGGAAAAGAUGGAAAUCCUGGUGAACCUGGUUUUGAUGGUAGACCUGGUGAGUCUGGAAGACCUGGAAGCUCAGGAAGAGAUGGAGAAAAGGGUGAGAAAGGGGACUGUGGCCCUCCUGGUCCUCCAGGAAAUUUUGUUGAUGACCAGAAUCGAGUCGGUCCAAAGGGUGACACAGGAUUCCCUGGACCUCCUGGUAGGAAGGGUGAAAAAGGCAAUCCUGGUUUUCAAGGUCCCCCUGGCCUAACUGGACCUCCAGGUUUGCCUGUGCCUGGUGAUCCAGGACAGCCAGGAUACCCUGGUGAGAGAGGCCUGAAGGGAGACGAAGGUCCCCCUGGAAUUUCAUUACCUGGAAGCCCUGGAAGUAUUGGUUUAACUGGACCUCCUGGACCCCCAGGACCACCUGGAUUACCAGGACCAACUCCUUCAACAAAAGGACUGUGUCAACCUGGACCUCCUGGGUUACCAGGGCUUCCAGGAGAUCUGGGGUAUCCCGGAGAAGUUGGAGAAAAAGGCGAAAAAGGUGACACGUGUGUUAACUGUGGUAUUGGACAACCUGGACCUCCUGGACCUCCUGGGUACCCAGGAGAUCCUGGUCCUCCUGGAUAUAAAGGAGAUAAAGGACUUGGUGGAAGACCUGGUUCAACUGGACCUCCAGGUUUACCAGGUGUUCCAGGUUCUCCUGGUCUUCCUGGUCCAAAAGGGGAUCCCGGAGAUGCAGUUGUUCUCCCAGGAAUGAAGGGAGAUAAAGGAGACACUGGAUUCCCAGGACAACCUGGUUUACCAGGACUUGAUGGCCCACCUGGUCGGGAUGGACAACCUGGUUUUCCAGGCCCAAAAGGACAACCUGGCCCCAAUGCAUAUAAAGGAGAAAGAGGACCCCCAGGUGAUCCAGGACCUCCAGGUUUACCCGGUGAUAGGGGUCCAUCUGGUCCCCCAGGAUUUGGUCCUCAAGGUCCUCCAGGAGAGAAGGGUGUUCAAGGAGUAUCUGGUCGUACUGGUGCUCCUGGAGCUCCAGGUGCUAAAGGUGAACCAGGAAAGACUAUGGUAGAUCCAGGUCCUCCUGGUCUAAAAGGAGAACCAGGAGAACCAGGUUUUCCAGGCCCUCCAGGUGACCCUGGUUUGUCAGGUUCACCAGGAUUCUCAGGCCAGCCUGGGGCGAAGGGUGAUCCUGGAAUACCUGGAAUUGGACUUCCUGGACCACCUGGGCCUAAAGGACUUCCUGGAAUUUCUGGUGUUCCAGGCGUACCUGGAGCUGUUGGAAGACCAGGAAGAGAUGGAUUUCCUGGCCCUCCUGGCCCUCCAGGUGCCAAGGGUGAGCCAGGAUUUGGUCUUCCUGGACCACAGGGUCCACCAGGUCCAGCAGGCAUUAAAGGACAACCGGGACCAAAAGGAGAUUCUGGAUUCCCAGGAAGCCCAGGUCUACCUGGUAGGCCAGGCUUCGAUGGGGUCUCAGGACCAAAAGGUGACUCCGGCUUACCUGGACAAUCAGGACCCAGAGGACCUCCUGGCCCACCAGGAUUUGGAAAUGCUGGUUCUCCUGGUCGACCUGGCCCCCCAGGGCCCACUGGCCCACCAGGUGUUCCAGGUAUCAAUGGGGAAAAAGGAGAUCCUGGUCCUCCAGGAUUAGAUAUCCCAGGACCACCUGGUGACCGUGGAAACCCUGGAUUUCCAGGAAGCCCAGGAUUGCCAGGAGCCCUAGGACAGCCAGGACAACCUGGCAGAGAUGGCUUACCAGGACAACCAGGUGCAAAAGGAAACAUGGGUAUAAUGGGGACUCCUGGCUCCCAAGGUUCCCCAGGUCUUCCUGGCAGUAAUGGAUUUCCUGGUGCAAAGGGAGAUGAUGGUGCUCCUGGUCAAAAAGGAUCCCAAGGAUAUCCAGGAGAGAAAGGAUUCAAGGGUGAACAAGGAAGCCCAGGGCCUCCAGGAGAAGUUCCUCAAGGACUGAAGGGUGAUAAAGGAGAGCCUGGUCUGCCAGGUGAACCUGGUCUUCCAGGACCGAAGGGAUUUAUAGGUAUUCCUGGUGAUGAUGGGGAGCGUGGUCAAGAUGGUCGCCCAGGUUUUCCUGGAGCCCCUGGUCCAAAAGGAAAUACGGGGCUUCCUGGCCAGCCAGGCACUCCUGGCUCUCCAGGAGUAAAAGGAAACAUGGGGGAGAUGGGCUUUCCUGGCCCUCCGGGUGCCAAAGGAUCACCUGGGCUACAGGGAAGAAUUGGGCAGCCUGGGCUUCCAGGUUCUACUGGACCCAAAGGAGAGAAAGGUGCUCCAGGCCUAUAUGGCAAUGGCCUGCCAGGUUUUCCAGGAAUUAAGGGAGAACCAGGACAACCUGGAUUCAAUGGAAUUCCUGGAACCAAAGGAGUACCAGGUUCCCCAGGACUGCCCGGUUUGCCAGGAAGUCCUGGGAUUAAAGGUGAUCAAGGUCUGCCUGGAGGGCAAGGUCCACCAGGUAUUCCUGGUCUGAGGGGUUCUGAUGGUCUACCAGGUCCUAAUGGCCUCCCAGGCACUCCAGGCCUCCCAGGUGUUGCUGGUAAUCCUGGUUCACCAGGUCCUCCUGGAGAGAAGGGUCAGGCUGGCAGAGACGGCAUUCCAGGGCCUGCUGGACAGAAAGGAGAUCCAGGUCAGCCCGGUAUAGGACGUCCUGGUCCACCAGGUCUUCCAGGACUCCCAGGUUCCAAGGGAGAUGCUGGUAUACCAGGCUUACAAGGAAUUCCAGGUUUACCAGGUCAGAAAGGAGAUCGAGGAUUCUCAGGAUCAACAGGUCUUCCUGGUCCUCCUGGGGUACCUGGACCUCCAGGUCCUUUUGUAAAAGGUUUAAAAGGUAACCCUGGACCACCAGGACCUCCUGGAAGACCAGGUUCUCCAGGUCCAGAAGGUUCUCGUGGUGCUCCAGGCAUUGGUGGAAUUAAAGGAGAGAAAGGAAAUCCUGGACAGAAUGGUGUCCCGGGAUUCCCAGGUGCAAAAGGAGACAUUGGCCCUUCUGGAUUUCCUGGAACAACAGGGAGACCAGGACUGACUGGUCCAAAGGGAGAUACUGGCUACCCAGGUGUUCCUGGACCCGCAGGACCAAAAGGCCAUCCAGGUAACCCUGGUGCCCCUGGAUUGCCAGGAGAAACUGGAAGCACUGGUUUAACAGGAAGUCCCGGUAUACCUGGUCCAUCUGAAAUUAUAACCGUAAAAGGAGAAAGAGGUUUGCCAGGACCACCUGGUGAGCCAGGGCUUCAAGGACCACCAGGGCCUACUGGACAAUCUGGACUGCCAGGUCCACAAGGACCACCUGGUGAUUCUGGACCUGAUGGUCUUCCUGGUUUUGAUGGACCCCCUGGAAUUAAAGGAAAUGCUGGGCCUUCUGGACAGCCAGGUGAGAGAGGUUAUCCGGGUCCCCCUGGCCCCAAUGGACCACAGGGUCUCCCUGGACCUCCGGGUACUGGCACUAUCCCCCAUGGAUUUCUGAUUACUCGACAUAGUCAAAGUACAGAUGUGCCACUAUGUCCAAUAGGCACAAACUUUAUCUACGAUGGAUAUUCCCUUUUAUAUGUGCAAGGAAAUGAGAGAGCACAUGGGCAAGAUUUGGGAACUGCUGGCAGUUGUUUACGUCGCUUCAGUACAAUGCCUUUCAUGUUCUGUAACAUCAAUAAUGUAUGCAACUUUGCUUCCAGAAAUGACUAUUCUUAUUGGCUUUCCACUCCUCAGCCUAUGCCUAUGUCUAUGACUCCAGUUACAGGAGAAAGUAUCAAACCUUUCAUCAGCAGGUGCACAGUAUGUGAAGCACCAGCCAUGGUCAUUGCCAUUCACAGCCAGACAAUACAGAUUCCUUCAUGUCCACAGGGUUGGUCAUCACUUUGGAUUGGUUACUCUUUCAUGAUGCAUACCAGUGCUGGUGCAGAGGGCUCUGGUCAAGCCCUUGCAUCUCCUGGAUCUUGUCUGGAAGAGUUCCGGUCUGCACCUUUCAUUGAAUGUCAUGGCCGAGGCACCUGCAACUACUAUGCCAAUUCCUAUAGCUUCUGGUUGGCCACAGUUGAACUUUCAGAAAUGUUCAGCAAACCUCUGUCUGAGACACUAAAAGCUGGUAAUCUGGCAUCUCGAAUAAGCCGCUGCCAUGUCUGCAUGAAGAGAACAUAGAUGAAAGCAAGAUUCAUCAUCCUUUCAUAUUAAUGGUGCUACUGUACAACAAAUUAUAGAUUUGUCAAAAUAGAUUUUUAUUAAAAUGUACCUCAGAAAAAUGUCACAUUUAAAAUAUGCAAAAUACUGUAUGUUUUCUGAAACAAAGAAAAUGGAAUAAUGUUACUUAUUCUGUUGUUAUUGCAUUGUACUCUAUAGAGCUGCCUGUUUUUAGACUUUUAAUGUCUUCCAUACGAAGUAUAAAAACUUUUCUUUUUCAUCUAAAAGAAGAAAUGCACUGAAAGCGUACAUUAUAAGACUGCAUUUUACAUGUUUUUUUUAUUUUAUGCAAUGGUGCUAUACUAACACUACUGUAUUCCAGAAUUUUGAAGUGUUUUUUAUCCUUGUAAGUAAAUAUAAUGUGUAUACUGAGUAAAUAUUGCUAAAUAUUAAAUAACGAGAAAAAACAUAUUUGAAUAUCUGUAUUCAAAAUAUUAUUCAGUACAUUUGCUGAAAAAAUAACUGUAAAAAUAAAAGGUUCUAUAAAUU